AUGGCUGCCGAGCUGGCCCCUGCUGCAGCUCCAGGUGUCCUCGGAGCCCUGUCCCUGAAAGAAGACCGACGACCACAGGUGGGCAGUCCCCGAACCAGGAGGCAGGAGGCUGAUGUGCAGCCUGUGCACCACUCACGGGAGCGGGGACAGCUUUCCAGUCCUGGGCAGGCCCUUCUCCCACUGCGCUCGGAGCGCGAGGAACAGGUGGACUGGCCGCCACAGCCGGCUCCCGGCCUCGCAGCCCCGCGCGUGGGCGAACGCGCCGCCUGCUUCGAGCCUGAGCGCAUCGCUAAGGGCCCCGGGGCGCGGCGCAGCGACUUCCUGCAGAAGACCAGCAGCAAUUCCUUCACCGUCCACCCUCGGGGCCUAGACCACAGCGCUGGCCCUCGUCUGCUCCCCAACGGGCCUGCGGCCCCCGAGUCCCGGACCAGUGCUGCCAACGGCCUCGCGGGCUCUGCACCUGGGCCGGGCGAGUGGAAGCCAAAGGUGGAGUCGGGGGAGCCCGCCGUCCACCCGCCCCCCAGCCCCGGGACCCCCAGUGCCACUCCAGCUGCGUCCCUGGCCUUGCCCACGCCCAACUCUGCCAGUGCCACUCCCAGCCAGCGCCAGUGGGUCUCUGCGGCCACCAGCGCCAAUGACUCCUUCGAGAUACGGCCGGCCUCCAAGCCAGACAUGGAUCAAAUCCCCACUGGGGACCUCCAGGCCCGGGCCCUGGCCAGCCUCCGUAUGAACUCCCGAAACUCCUUCGUGUUUAUUCCCAAGCGCAAGGCCUCUGGGGCCCCUCCUCCUGAAGGGAGGCGAGUUGGGGGGCUCCCAGAGGGAGAGGUUGGCUGGGCUUCGGAAAGCCUUGAGCUCGAAGCCCAGCUGGUGCCUGGAAGGGAUAAUGUGCCUGCUGGAGGGAGGAGCCCCUUGGGGGUCGAGGAGGGGGGGUGCCCCAGGCCAGCGACUGCCCUCGUGGACCAGGCUGUUAGGCAGCCGAGGCUGUCCUCACCGCCCCUGUGUCCCUUGGCCGCUGCUGAAGCUAAGCCUGCUCAGGGCCUUGGGGUUCCCGGCUCGGCCAAGAAUGGUGGGGAGCCUGGGAGGCCAGGGUUGCCUGUCACCUUCAUUGAUGAGGUGGACUCGGAGGAUGAGGUCCCUGAACAAGCCAAACAGCCCUGCUCUGGAGCCGGGGGGCCCCCUUGGUUUCAUCCGCACCCCACCGGGCCUGGGCACCCAUCGGGGCUCCAUCACCGAGGUGGCAACACAUUCACCGUGGUUCCCACGAGGAAGCCAGGGUCCCUGCAGGCCAACGGGGAGCCCAGGCCACAGAAGGCCGAGGAAGAGGAGGCAGGCAGCUUGUCAGAGACUCCGGCUGCCCUGGGGACUGCUCUCAAGAAGCGCUAUCCCACUGUGCACGAGAUUGAGGUGAUUGGGGGCUACCUGGCCCUAGAGAAAUCCUGUCUCACCAAGGCCGGCUCCUCAAGAAAGAAGAUGAAGAUCUCCUUCAACGACAAGCACCUGCAGACCACGUUUGAGUACCCCCCCGAGAGCUCCCUGGUACAGGAGGAGGAGGCGGCUGAGGCCCAGGAGCGGGAGCAGGAGGAGGAAGAGGAGGAGGAGGAGGAGGAGGAGGAGGAGGAGGAGGAGGAGGAGUCCAGCUCAGAGGGAGUGGUGGAGAAGCCCUUCUCGCUGUUCCUGCCCCGAGCCACUUUUGUGAACAGCGUGGGGCCCGAGAGCCCUCACUUGCCAGAGGGCAGCUCAGGCCUGUCCGGCUACACUCCAAAGCACUCCGUGGCCUUCAGCAAAUGGCAGGAGCAGACGCUGGAGCAGGCCCCGAGUGAGGUGGAGCCCACACCCAAGGAGGUCAUGCUCACCCCUGCCAGUCAGAAUGACCUCUCAGACUUCCGAAGUGAACCAGCCCUCUAUUUCUGACCCCGGUCCUGCCAGGAUGGCCAAGGCUGAGCCCCGGGAGCCGGGCAGUGCCCAGAAGCCCCACCCCUCACUCUGAACACCCUCCCCCCACCCCCUGCCUGCUGCCCUGUUGGGCUGUGCCCCAUCAUAGACCACCCUUCCUUCCUGGGGUUGGCUUGAGCCUAGGGCACCGAGGUCUCCCGCUUCCCUUGGAGCUGAGACUCGCUCUCCAGCCCUGGUGUGGGGGCGCUGUCUGUGGGGGACGCACAGGGUCCUGCUGGACACCAUGCCAGCAGGCAUCUGGUGCAUGUGUGAAGGGCUAGCCUGGAGGCCUGUCCUCCGUGGGACUUGCAGCCGUUCCGAGCCCCCACCCCCAACUGCAGACCUCAGCCUACCCUCUUUGUGAUGAACAGCAAGUUUUUUCUUGCUUCUGACGAUGGAGUCAAUAAAUAGCACUGGACAAGGCC